GCUCCAUCUAUCAAGACUCUACAGCACACGCCUUGUUCCCCUGCGGCAAUUAAAUCAGGCUUGCUGCUUACCUCCUCGCGCUUUGAGGCGCUUAUCGAUUGCCAUGGCCCAGCCUACCGACUGGAAAGCGGGGGAGAUUGCGCGUCUGGCUGCCGAAUCUCGGGCUGUCAUCAAGUCGCCCGUAUCUGGCCUUCCGCAGCGUCACCGCGACGUCUUUGAGCGGGCUUUGCGCCGUGUUCUCUCUACAGAACUGGCCCAGGUGACAUACGCGCAAAUCAUCGAUGGGUUCCCCCUCGUCGAAGUAGCUGGGGAUAUGGCAGGAUGGGGCAUCGACCGCGAACAUCCCGUCUUUCGCGACAACCACGAUAAGCUCUGUCCCGGGGCAUGGGAGAGGAUGGCCGAGUUCCACUCUUCGUUCAGCAUUGACGUCUUGAGCAUGGAUGAAAAACUCCUGCAUUCCUAUGUCACAGCAGCUAUUGGCUCCCUUGCCUUCAAAAUGAGACUGCUCGAGAUGGUUGCAGUCGCAGUGCACCAGUUGGCCGUUAUGCUCCACAAGUUGGGGGAUUUGGGAGUGCAUGACGAGUGGAAGACUUGGAAGCCCCCCAACCGUUAUAUCGGGCCAGACUACUGCCCUGACCCGGAGCCCUUUGCGACCCUCUUCUUCCAUUUCGACUUCACAGGGCACGAACAUUACCCUGAAGGUAUAGCCGACAUGGUUGGAUACUGGGCCGAGAACCGGAUCCUAGGAGGCGUGGUGCUUUUCGACCGAGGGGAGUCUAGCACUAACUCACAAGAGGUUUAUUUCCAUUCUUGCCGUCACAACGUGACGACCCGCAUAUACGCUCUCACAAGUGAGCAGAAAGGAAGGCUUUGGGCUUUCCUGCUGUCGGAUGGUUCGGAUGGUGAAACCAACGUUUUGCCGAUUCUCGGCGACUCGAAGAACAGAGUCCGUGUCGACACAGAAUUCGCCAUCCCCGUGUUUCACAUCUAUAGGGACAAGUGGGAACGAAAAGUCUUGAAUGACUGGGAAACGAGGUUAGCUCGUCGAGAUUAUUUAGACCUGGUAGAUGUCCCAGAGGCUGAGGACCGUGAGAGCUCGGAGCCUUAGUAGUUGCGGCUUUCGAUGAUGGCAGUUUGGCCAAUGUUCCUCAGCCGCAGGAUUUUGGCGGACGAGAAGACCAUGCCAGAGAGAUUGAUCAGAUAUUCAUGGAAUUGUAGGGCAUCGUUCGGCGGCGGGCGACGCGACGCGCGGUUCGAGCAAUGCCACAAAAAAGGGAGGGCAGGGGGGAGAGCCCAUGCGGCGUGGCGGAAUGAGUCUCGCAGUGCAUUGACG